GAUUUGUGACUAGUCUGUCUCUCUGCGCUGCUCCCAAUCUCACCUACUGGCUCCACUUGGAUAUCCAUAAACCAGGAAAAAGAGUGGGAGUGGACCUGGAUCAGUAGCUCCAUGUGUCCCCAUAACCCAGCCUGGAUCCUAUUGCUGGCAGUGACUCUCACAGGUGUUGUUGAAGUUGGUGCCAUUGAGAUUUACACUGGAGGCAAUGUCGAGGCUCGGAAUGGCAGUGAGCAACGUCUAAGGUGCACGUUUCGGUCCAGUGCUCCUGUCAGCAAGCAAACCACUGUCACCUGGCAAUUCUGGCCCCUUGAAAAUGGGAAUGGAGAGUCUAUCUUUUAUUAUCUCCAGCAGCCGUACCCUCCUUCUACUGGCCGGUUCAAGGGCCGAGUGGCCUGGUCUGGGGAUAUUUGGAAAAAGGAUGCUUCAAUCAUUGUGAGUGAACUGCAAUUUACAGACAACGGAACCUUCCAUUGCACGGUGAUGAAUCCCCCUGAUGUACACGGUGUUGCUGGAGAAAUUAAACUCCGCGUCGUCCAUAAAGUCACUUACUCGGAGAUGCUGAUCCUGGGCAUUGUGAUCGGAAGUGCCACAGGCCUGGUGGUGCUGAUUGUUGUCGCCGUGGUCACUAUUCAGCUUCUGCGUAAGAGGAACGAGAAGGAGGAAGAGGAAGAGGACAAACCCGAGUACGAAAACAAGAACGGCACAGAACUGGAGAAAUUAAACUGUGAAACAGAGAAUCUGACAGAAGUGGCAGAGUCAGUGGGAGUCUCCUGACACAGUGAAGCAGUCAGGUCAAUUUCUGAACAAGGUUUAGUUUUAACAAGAGAAGAAGCAAAAUUUUAAAAUAGAACUACACAUCUCUUUAUCUUUUGUAGAGGGAAAGAACAUUUCAGAUUCAAUUUUUCCCUCUGUGUUUGCUUUUUACAUGGUGCUCAGGUUAUUGGACUAACUGGAUGCUGUGCUAAUGGCCCAGUCUAAUAUCAAUCUACAGCAGCUCAGGAUCAAAGUCACCACAGCCUGUGACCUGGCAGAUACUUAUCAGUAAAUCAAUGGAGAAUUGUAAGGGAGCAUAGUAAUUAUAGUAACAGGUUACUAAUCCAGAAAACAUGGGGUUAAAGUCCAGCAGGACAGGUUAAGAAUGUUAAUUCAGUUUAAUAAAUGUGGAAAUAAGAUGCUGGUCUCAGUAACAGUCAAUGUGAAACAAUGAGUCUGUCAGGAAAAACCCAGAUGGUUCACUCAUGCUCGUUAGGAAAGGAAACCUGCCCAGGCAAUCUGCUCCGGGUAUCCCGCUCCGGGUAUCCCGCUCCGGGUAUCCCGCUCCGGGUAUCCCGCUCCGGGUAUCCCGCUCCGGGUAUCCCGCUCCGGCUAACCCGUUCCGGCUAACCCGCUCCGGGUAUCCCGCUAUGGGUAACCCACUCAGGAAGCCCACUCACCAUCACCAUCUCAAUGGACAAUUAGGGAUGGGCAAUAAAUCCUGGCCCUUGUGAAUGAAGUUCACUUUCUGAGGAUGAAUUAUUAAUAAAGUUCUCAAUUGGAGGAUCUUCCGCACAAUGUGAACUAUAACCAGAGCAAAGUUUCACUUUCUCCAUCUGCAUCCUACCGUUCUAUUCUCUUUCUUCAGUUUAUUUUCUCCUAUUCAUCCCCUCCGGGAGGCAGUGAAUUGCGGAGGUCUGGUUUUGUCCUGAAGGAUACUCCCUGGCUCUUUACCCUCCUGUAGCUACCCAGCUGCUGCCUCAGCCCCACUCAGUACAGACCCCAGAGUCGACUGGAUCCGGAUCGAGACCCUGUGCCACUCUGCACUGGAUUCAGAUCGAGUCUAUGUGCCAUCCUGCAUCGGAUCUGGAUCUAGACUCUGUGCCACACUGCACUGGACCCAGGUUGAGACACUGUGCCACGCUGUACUGGAUCCGGAUUGAGAUCCUGUGCCACACUGCACUGGAGCCGGAUUGAGAUCCUGUGCCACACUGCACUGGAUCCAGAUUGAGAUCCUGUGCCACACUGCACUGGAUCCAGUUUGAGACACUGUGCCAUGCUGCACUGGAUCUGGAUAGAGACGCUGUGCCACACUGCACUGGAUCCGGGUUGAGACACUGUGCCACAAAGCACUGGAUCCAGAAUGAGAUCCUGUGCCACACUGCACUGGAUCUGGGUUGAGAUCCCAUGCCAUGCUGCACUGGAUACAGAUCGAGACCCUGUGCCACACUGCACAGAAUCCAGAAUGAGCUCCUUUGCCACACGGCACUGGAUCCAGAUCGAGAGCCUGUGCCACGCUGCACUGGAUCCAGAUAGAGACCCUGUGCCACGCUGCACUGGAUCCAGAUAGAGACCCUGUGCCACGCUGUACUGGAUCCGGGUCGAGACCCUGUGCCACACUGCACUUGAUCCGGGUCGAGAUCCUGUGCCACACUGCACUGGAUCCGGUUUUAGACACUGUGCCGUGCUGCACUGGAUCUGGAUAGAGACGUUGUGCCACGCUGCACUGGAUCCAGAUCGAGACCCUGUGCCACGCUGCACUGGAUUCAGAUUGAGUCUAUGUGCCACCUGCACCGGAUCUGGAUCUAGACUCUCUGCCACACUGCACUGGACCAAGGUUGAGGCACUGUGCCACAUAGCACUGGAUCUGGAUUGAGAUCCCAUGCCACACUGCACUGGAUAUGGAUCGAGACCCUGUGCCACACUGCACAGAAUCCAGAAUGAGAUCCUUUGCCACACGGCACUGGAUCCAGAUCGAGAGCCUGUGCCACACUGCACUGGAUCCGGAUUAAGAUCCUGUGCCAUACUACAUUGGAUCUGGAUUGAGAUACUGUGCCACACAGCACCGGAUCUGGGAUGAGACCCUGUGCCACACUGCACUGGAUCUAGAUUGAGAUCCUGUGCCACACUGUACUGGAUCUGGAUUAGGACACUGUGCCACACUGCACUGGAUCCGGUUUGAGACCAUGUGCCACAAUACAUUGGAUCCUGAUUGAGAUCCUGUGCCACACUGCACUGGAUCUGGAUAGAGAUGCUGUGCCACUCUGCACUGGAGCCAGAUCGAGACCCUGUGCCACGCUGCACUGGAUUCAGAUCAAGUCUAUGUGCCAUCCUGCACCAGAUCUGGAUCUAGACUCUGUGCCACAUUGCACUGGACCCAGGUUGAGA